AUGCGGUUCUUCGUUAAGGAAUAUUUCACGUUUGUCAAAUUGAUCGCGACUUUAUCCAAGUGGUUCGUACAACUAAAGUUUAAGUUGACAGUGAGACUGCCACAAACUGAAAAACAACCACCAGGGAGUGUGGGGAACCAUACUCCCGUACAUUCUGUGUCGACUGAGGUGCUAGCGGGAUCGAGCCUAGUGCAUUACCCGAUUUUUGUGAGGAUUGUGCGUUUUUCAAGGAGGGCGCCAAAUUUGUGGAGGAUCUUGCAAAUUAAAGGAUGGGAAGGAUUUGGAAGUCGAGAAACAAGAAUGAAAUGGGACCUGUUACUCCAGAGCGCUGAUAAAACUCGUCGUUUUCCCAUGGAACAGGUUGAUAAGAUGCCGGAUGUCGUCAGGGUGAAUGCAGGCUUCCGGUGAGGUCGGAAUCUGUGGAUCGUGGUGUCGAUGGCAGGUCGUAAAGGGGUUGGAGACUCGUCUUAGUGCAUCUUCAAGAGGUCGACUAAGGAAACGUGCGGUGAGUACAAGAUGAU